AUUCAACGUAACGGUAGAACACAAUUGUUUGGCAAUUAAUAAGGAAUGUGGUAGAGAAUGAAUUGUUCUGUUGGGUCGACUCAUCUCGAAGGAAUGGACUACAUUAAUGAAUAUUACGAACUGAUAUUUAUCAAAUGGGCAGAUGAGAGGACGGCAACUUUGCCUUUGAUGAGUUCUCCUUUCCCGAUAUUUGGCCUUCUAAUCACCUAUCUUUACGUCGUUUUUAUUUAUUUACCCAACUACAUGACACAUAAGAAACCAUACAGCCUCAAAGGCUAUCUUACUGUUUACAAUUUAUUUCAGGUGAUAGCCUGCUGUGUAUUAAUUUAUGGGAUUAGCACCGCGGGAUGGACGACUCAUUAUACCUUAGGCUGUCAGGAAGCAGAUUUCUCAAGUGAUCCAUUAGCACUUCGUAUGGCUCAAUACCUUUGGUUAACGUUCAUUAUGAAAGUGGUAGAACUUACGGAAACAUGUGUAUUUGUUUUGAGGAAGAAAGCGAACCAAGUGUCAUUUCUGCAUGUUUAUCACCAUAUCAGUACAGUACUUUACACUUGGUUUCUGGUUAAACUUUAUCCAGGAGGAAUGGCUUCGUUUCCCGUAUUGCUCAACUUAUACGUUCAUAUCAUCAUGUACACCUAUUACUUCAUAUCGUCUCUGGGUCCAGAGAUGCAGCAAAAAUUAAAAAGUGUUAAGUCAAGGGUAACUCAAAUUCAAAUGAUACAACUGGUCGUAUCAGCAGUCUAUUUGACUCAAAUAUUAUCGCCAUCUUGCAAGAACACCACGAUGACGGGGCUUGUGCAAUAUUAUAAUUAUGUGAUAAAAGAAAGCUCAGACCCCAGAGUAUUUACCUGGCCUUUCAUCGCGGAACCUUGGCAGCUUUUGGGAAUAAUUUCACUGUACUUGUACGGAAUUUAUAUUUUUCUACCAUCUUAUAUGGGCGACAAGAAACCAUAUAAUCUACAAACAGUCAUAAAGGUUUACAACAUGUAUCAAAUAAUUGCCUGUGUAGUUUUAAUUUAUGGGGUUGCGACGUCUGGAUGGACGUCAACAUACACCUUGGGGUGUCAGGAAGUAGAUUACUCUGAAGAUUCAUCAGUCUCCAUACGAAUGGCCAAAUUUAUGUGGUGGCACAUGAUUGUGAAAAUGUCCGAAUUACUGGAGACCAUUAUAUUUUUAUUACGACAAAAAUCGAGCCAAGUAACAGUUUUGCACGUCUAUCAUCACGUUUCAACCCUUAUAAUCGCAUGGAUAGCUUGUAAAUACUUCCCAGGUGGAAUGAUUUCUUUCACCGUUUUAAUUAAUUCAUUUGUUCAUAUUAUUAUGUACACCUAUUAUUUGUUGUCUUCGUUCGGACCACACAUGCAAAAUAGGCUUAAGUGGAUUAAACGAAAAAUAACCAUCAUUCAAAUGGUACAGUUGGCGAUUAUUUUAGCGCACACUGGACAAGUUUUACUACCAUCGUGUCGUGUUCCCAACAUUGUCGCUUAUAUUUACUUACCUAAUGUAUCCAUAAAUAUUUUCCUUUUCGCCAGGAUGUACUUUGAGACUUACUUUAAGAAAUCUAAAACUGUGUAGUAAAUUAGGUUUAUGUACCUACUACUUUUAAUCUUUAAGCA